AUGGGCACACUGCGUCAACUGGUGACGGUCGUGUGGAAAGAGCUGUGCCUGCGCGCCAUGCUGCGCCAGGGUUGGCUCUCGCUCUCCGAGUGCCUGCUUGCACCGCUGCUCUGUUUGGUGCUCCUGCUGACCACGGGACCGCCGUUCGUGGACAAGCUCCGCGACGUGCCGCUGAGCGGGGUCCACCUGCUCGACUGGCCGUGCGCCGUGGUCGAGAAGCAGCUGGUGUUCCGGCGCGUAGCGUACGCGCCACACGCGCCCUACUCGAUGCGCCUCAUGGAGGCCACGUUCCGCGAGUUCAGCCCGGUGGAGGGACUCGUGGGCUUCCAGGAUCCCCAGGCGGUGACCGAAUUCACGCGCACCAAGGCCAACGACUCGGACGCCUUUGACCUGGUCAUCGUUUUCGACAACCUGCGCAGAACCGACGACCAGCCGCCGGAGGAUCUUCGCUACACCCUGCGCUACAACACGAGCCGGCUGUACCUGCUGGACGACCGCGACGACCGGCGCGGCUACUACCCGCUACGGCGCGACUACGUGGUGCCGCUCGUGUGCCUGCUGGGGGACAGCCACCUGCGGCUCACGGCACAGGCCCUGGGCAGGCCGGACCCGGGCUACCGUUGGCGAACGCGCUCCUUCAGUAACAACAAAAGCCCGAGGACGGUGGUGCACCGAGACUACAGCGCCCUCGCCUUCGAGCUGGGUGUCGUGUGGCUGCUGCUCAACUACGCGGCAGACACGGUCGGCGACAAGCGGACGCGGCACCGCGAGUUCCGCCGCAUCAUGGGCCAGACUGCGUUCGUCUACUGGUUCGAGGUGCUGCUGCGUGGCCUCGGACCCAUGCUGGCCUCGUGCUGCGGGCUGCUGUUCGUGGUGACCAGCGUGCCUGACCGUUUCGGCUUUUCCUACCUGCAAUACACGGACCCGACUGUGUUGCUCACGCUGCUGUACACGUACGCGCUGCACCUGCUCACGUUUGUGACGCUCGUCACCACCUUCUUCACGUCGGAGACGCUGGCCGUGCUGGCCACCUGCUUCGCGGUGCUCAUCUCCUUCCUGCCGUACCUGCUCUUCGUCGAGAUGACGUUUCCUUGUCGCCUCCUCUGCUGCAUGCUGCCAAACACCGCGUUUCAACUCGCCAUGGACAUCAUCGUCACCUUCGAACGAGACAUGACCGGCAUGCAGUGGGACCAGCUGAACGUGAUGCUGUCCGCGGACGUGCCCAGCCUGGCGUUGGUACUGCUGCUCAUGCUGCUGGGGUUGUCGUUUAACCUGGCGCUGGCCGUGAUGAUGGACGACGUGCUGCCGCUUUCGACCAACACCGAUGGCCCCCGACUCUUUCGCAUCUUCGCGUCAUCUAAACGCCGGACACCGUGGCAAGUUCCCGAUCCCGAGCACGAGCUGUUCGAGCGAAGCGAGCACCGACCCUCUGAGCCACCAGGAAUAUACGUGGACAACGUGACAAAGGUCUUCGGGCACCGUCUCGUAUUGAACAACGUCCGGCUGCGCGUCUACGAGGGCGAAGCCUUGGCACUGUUGGGCCCCAACGGCAGCGGCAAGUCGACUCUGGCCAACAUCGUCGUCGGCUAUGAGGCGCCAUCCGGAGGUGACGUCUUCGUUUGCCAGCACAGCGUGCGCCGAUCACCUCGCACGGCUAGGCGCCACGUUGGCUUUUUACCACAGACCUGCAUGCUCUUUCCCUACAUGACUAUCAACGAGAACCUGCACUACUUCUCCCAGAUGACCGACCGGAACGUGUCUUCGGCGCUGGUGGCUGAGCUUCUUAACACGUUCUUCCUGCACCCACGCCGGCACGACCUGGUCAGCGAACUCUCGCAAGGCCUCCGGAAGUGCGCCGGACUUUGCGUUGCACUUAUGGCAGCACCAAAGGUGCUUGUGCUUGACGACCUCACGGGCGGCGUGGACGUGAUGCUGCGACGCCGCAUGCUAAAGCUCAUCAAGACUGUCAAGGACCAGUGCGCCAUACUGAUAACCAGCCAGAGGCCAGAUGAACUCGACUUUGUCGUCGACAAGGCCGCCAACGAGCUCCUCUUCUCGCUGGGCACGAGGAAGUUGCUAAGCUUCGGACACACCUUCCGCUCACUGAACACUUUGGCGCCAUCUCUGUACAUCCGUGACGUCGGCUUUCCCUACGUGAGCUUGGAGGACGUACUGAUUCGCGUGAGCUACAUGUCUGGCGAGGCGAUAGUGCCGCCCACUGGUGGCCUCAACGUGGCUCCCGGCGCCAAGGUGCACGUGGCCCGCAGCGGCAGGGUGCUCUGGCGCGGCCUGCUGGCGCUACAGCGGUACCGGCUGCUGCACCUCGGAAGGCACGUGGGGUUCUACACGCUGCUGCUGCUGAUGGGCGCCCUGCUCUUCCUCGUGUUCUGCGACAGGGUGGCCAGCGUCAGGACGCCCUUUCCACGGGCGCUGCCUCGAAUCCCGCUGGACCCUGAGGCGUUGCGGCAAGGAUACGUGCGCAGCGUGACGGAGACGGCAGACCUUGAACAGGCGGUCAUCAACCUUGGCUCACGACGUGGCGUCAAGCUUCUGAAGGCAGGGAGCACCGUUGGAGACGCCCUCGGCGCUGAAAACUUUACAGCUCGCUUUGCAUUCGAUCUGGGAACUCAGGAGAGUGACUGCGCACUCAUCCAGCAGUUCUUGCACAACACGAGCAGUGUGGAUUGGUGA